AGUAUGUUGAAAACUGUUUCCGGUAUGUAGUCAACGUUGGCAAACUCAGACAAUCGUUAUUUUCUUUCCUCUAAGCCUAAGGAUAUCUUACGUAUCAUAGAAACAGAGAGUCUAAAACUAGGUGAUUCUCGAAAAAAAAAUUCGUAAAGUAUUUGACUUUGGAUUAGAAUUUCAUUGCAGUUCCUACAAAAUGUCUGUGAAAAAUUUUACUGUAUUUUCUGCACUAGUGAUUAUCUUUGCAUACCUAGCAAAACUUUAUUUUGAUAAAAGCUUAACGAGUGGAGAUAGAAUGAACCACAUUUUGUCAGGGCUUCUGAGAGCAGAGAAAGAAAUUGAGGCCCCUAGAACCCGCGUAGCUUUAGGAUUCGGGGGUUGCGAGGAUUUGAUAGUAGAUGGAAUGACAUUUAUAGACAAGUUUAAACUGGAAGCACCGGGUAAUCCUACACAUUAUGAUUUUGUGACAACAAAGGACGAGGUGUCUCAACUGUUUGGCUACUUUUUUCAACAUGGUGCUGCUGCAGAGAGGUUUGUUAGCAACAACACAUUAUUUAAAGAAAUGACUGAUACAGCAUUCUCCAUGGCUAACCAUAAAUCCAUCCUUGGAGGAAAUGCUCCAGUCAUGGCAAGGAGGAUGGCAAAUGAGGGAGCAGAGGUGCUACUGGGGGCAAGGUUUACCAAAGAACUCAGGCAAACUCUACCUGACACUGUCAAAGUGGUUGGAGAUGAUUUGGAUGUAAAUGAUAUUCAUCUGUUACUGGAAUAUAAAUCAGGUGAUAAAUGGGGCAAGUUUACCUCUCCAAGGGCUAAUAGGUUGAUUGUACACAGCGAUGAGAGCAAUCCUUAUAUAGAAACUUUGGAGGGGCUGGAAGCUGAGAUCCAGUCUUUUAAACCUUCAGCACUGGUUGUUGGAGGCUUGCAAAUGCUGGACAACUUCCCUUUUCAAGAAGGAGAAAGGAUGGAAAGAUUGACCAAACUGAAAAAAUUGUUAGCAUCAACACCAAAAAAAACAAGUAUCCAUUUUGAGCUGGCUUCAUUUACGGAUGAAGCAUUGCUGAGAGAAAUACGCGACAAUGUUGUUUUGUACUCAGACUCCCUGGGUAUGAAUGAGCAAGAAUUACCUAAUUUGGUUAGUAUUUUAACAAAGGGUAAAGUGACAUUGGUAGCUGAUGCUUAUCCCAGAAUUGCCUCAGUGUUGGACCAAAUGAGACAGGUAUACAACAUUUUAAGUAAAACUGAAGAAGUGGAAGGAAGGAGAAAACUGACAAGGAUUCAUGUCCACACAUUGGCAUAUCAAGCUAUAUUGACAACAAAAGGCAGUCAGUGGAAAAAAACGAUGCAUGCCACAGCCAAAGCUUCCCUGACAGCUUUCAGGCAUGUCUGUGCCUCUAAUUACAUUGACACAGAAAAAGCCAGACUUAUUAUGGACGACUCAUUUUCCACAAGCACUUACCAGUCUGCUCAACGGAUACCACUUGAGGAAAACCGACCAGUUUCGUGUUGGGAGGAAAAGGAUUAUCAGAUUUGUGUGGCUCCAGUUCUGGUGUGUACCAAAGUGGUUCAGACAGGUGGAGGUGGCGACAAUAUUUCAUCCGCUGGUUUACUGGUUCAAGUGGAAUGAUGAGAGUGGAGAAUGGAGAUUGAAUUUAAAAUACAGUGGUGGAAUAGCUUGAUAGCUAAAUGUUGAGAUGGGAAAUUUUAAUUAUUUUCUAUGUAUAUAUAUAUAUAUAUAUAUUUAUUUGUGUGUGUUAAAUUUUCGGGACGAGCUGUCCUUUCUUCAGGACAAACGAAAAGAAUUACAUUAUGUGGCCAAUAUUAACAGAGAAUGAUAACAGAACAACAAAAACUACAUAUAAAUACACCUAGCACUACAACUACACUAAAUCUACAAACGUAUUUACGCCGCAGACUACAUGUUUUUGGUUUUUAGGCUUGCCAGUCAAUGUUAAAAGCGGAGCAAAUGAGGACAUACCCUAUUCAUCCAAAGAGCUGUAUGAUCCACACACACACACACAUAAGCACUGAAAAGGCCACGACACUGUUGAUUAUUUAAAACUAAAAUUUUCGACACAACCCACGUCUUUAUCAAGAGACAUAUAUUACAUAAACAAAUAUCACACACCUUUAUACACUGUCAUGCCAUUUGUUUUAUACACUCAGAAAAGAGGUAGUUUAUACCCAUUACCAACACCCUUUGGGAGAUUGGGGUAAGCGGGGGGUAUUCUUAGUGAGCAUUGCUCACAGUACCUCUUGUUAUUGUUCAUUUAUAUGAGUAAAAUUUUGUUUAUGUGGAAUUUCUGGUGAAACCUGUAUUGAUUUGUUAUAAGAAUGUUGCAUGUUUAUAUUUACAAAAAGGUUCCUUAGUUAUUGUAAAAUAUACGUCUACAGGCACAUGCUCCUUAUAUAUUUCAACAUGCAGUGUUGGUAAACAACAUUAAUAUAUGGAAAAAUUUAUUCUCUAUGAUUCUAUGCUGCCUGUAUUAUUGAUAUAAAAUUAAUAUAUUUUAAGAUAAUGUUUUAACUGAGGAUUAUAGAUAGACUUGUUAAAUUGAUGAUUAGGCAGGAAAAUGACUUCCUUAUAACCGACAAUUCCUUAUAUUAAACUGAGUUCAUUACAUGAAGAAUUAAAUUAUUCCGUAUAACUGAGAUUUCUUUAUAACCAAGUUCCUUAUGAAUGAGCUUUACUGCAUUUGUUUAUUAUAUCGUGUAUUUCAUUUGGUGCUUUUGGCGCAUUUAUAACUGCGGAUUUAUGUCGAUUAACACCAAAAUAUAUUAUUGUUAAUUUCUAAAAAUAAAGUAAGUAUGUAAGUCAAUAAGUAAAAAUAAAAGGUGUGUAAAAAUGUGUGUAAAUCAAAUUGUAUGUAAAAGAGAUUCUGUUUAAGAAGUAAAGUUGUCAAAGCUUGUUUUGAGUUUCAGCUUUGAUAUCUUAACAAAAUGUAAUGAUAUCCAUUUUCUCACGAACAUGCAGCAGUUGUAUGCAUACAUGAAUCUUGAUAAAAUAUAAUAUGUCUAUUCUAAUGACUCUGCUGGGAAUUUUGGCAGAAAUGUAAGUAGAAUGUAAAUUUAAGAAUUAAGUUUCAUUUUUGAAAAUACAUGAGGGUAUGAACUGCACUGCUUCAUGUCGGCUUACUUUUCUUGAAGCGCUAACACACUUCAUGAAAUAUGCCAUUGGGAACAUAACAGCUGAUGCCCUCAUUUAAGUUAUUUUCAAAAAUGAAAUUUAUUUCUUACGUUUACAAGAGGUGUAAAUUCCACUGUUGUUAGUUAAUGAUUGUUCAUUGUAGGACCGUUUAUCUGUGAUUUAUAUGACUAGAUUAUGCAUCUGUGAUCUCAAAUCUUGCAUCCUGCAAAGCAAAGGGGUAAAUUUAGCAUUGACUAGCAAUGAAAAUUUCACAAUCUUAACAUUCCUGAAAAUUAUAAUGAUUAGAAGUCAUCUAAUUGUCAGGUAUUGAAUGAGCUGGUAAAGUUCAAGUUUACAUUAUUAUUACUAUGAAAUUAUCAGUAACAUAAUUACCAUAGUCAGCUGAAUGAAGUAACCUUUGAUGAAUUUUGAAAAUAAACUUUCCCAAAGGAGUUUACAGCAAUUGUGUGAUGAUGCAUACAACUGAAUUUGACCUGCAGUUGUCAUGACAUUAAUUCCUACCAUGCCACUUCAAUUCAAAUUCGUUUUAAAAUCUUUAUUCUAUAUAAUGUACAUUUUGGUACUGUUGGUAUUUGGAGUAUUUGGCUGAUUUAUCACAAAAAGUCAUUCGAAAUAUUGGAUUUUAUUUUCAGUACAAUUUUCAUUAUAUGCAAUGAUAAUUAAAAUGAAUGGAACUUUUGGUGAAUUGUUGUCGUCCACCAAAAUGCCAAUAUAUUACCAGAGGUACCUGAUAUAUACAGUAUUUAUAUUUCUAUGUUAAUCAAAUGAUUACUUUGUCUGGUGUCUACUUAGUAUGGACGUUCAAUGAAUCAACAUGUGUGUUACACCAGCAAUUAUUACUACAGUUGAGUAGAGAUACACUUCUGUCCCAUUUUAAUUGUCCUUUUUUCUUGAUAUACUUUAUAUAAAUUUUUCAUCUGUGAUUGUUGUGAUUUUUAGCAAUUUCAAUUAUGAUAGCAUAAUAAUUUGAAAGAAAUGAGCAAAUUACCGGUAAAUUAAUGUUCAGGUUGAGCAUGUUAAUCAUAUAUAGAUGUAGCGAUCUGUGAUAAUCAUUUCAUGCCAUAGAACCACAAUAUGAUGAGGAAUAUCUAAUGCAGAAUGCCACCACAAUCCAUAUGAAAUGCAAAGAAGUUUUCUGAUUUUUGAUAAAUCUUGUUUUAUAAAUUUUAAUGACCAGUACAAGUGUAUAAUGAUUAUGAUGUGAAUGUUCAUGCACGGUCAUUGUUCAAUAAUAACUCAAAAGUGUUCUGUAAAUACAUAUCAUCAUACUUUAUAUCAGACCUAUCAACAAAUGUAAUAUUGUAUUGUCAUUCAUUAUGGAACAGUAAAUUUUAAUGAUAGUGAA